AUGAAUCGUAAGAAAACGAAGACCAUGAAGAUAACUACAUCGACAAUGAAUGAGGAAGAAUGUGGGGUUUGGCUUGACACCGAACAGCUUCGUAUGAAGAAGCAGCAGAAAAAACAGAUGCGUCCUAUCUUGAAACUACUGAAUCCAUUGGCUCGCUCAGGGGGUUACAGUACGGGAGUGUCGUUAAGCUUCACCCAGACUAAACAUCCCAUGCCCCCCACGAGACAGAGCACGAUAUCGGCGUUCUUUGCACCGCGGUCUAAAGAGGCGGACGUUCAUGCAACAGAGAUUGGUUCCACAUCACCUAUUGGAGCGUAUACUGGUAGAAAGAGGAAGCACGAGAUGGAGUUUGUGGUUCCCGAAGAACAGAAUCAAGAGGUCAAUGAGAGUACUCCAGAAAAUCGACGGGAGGAGAAGGUGAACUCCGAAACAGGUGGGAAGGUCCAUGAUGCCAAAGACUGUGACAAAGAGCAACAAUUCUUCCAUUUAAUUGGAGGCUACCAGUCCGACGAGGAAGAGCCACCAGCUGAAAAGAGAAGAACCCUGGAGAAUUGCUCUCUCCUAAGGACAUCAGAGACAGAGAAAACCUUUGGUUCCAUGUCCAAUGUAAGGAUGAAUUACUGGUCGUCCUCACAAAAACUGGUUACAGAACAUCACUUGAUGGAGGAUGAAGGAGACGCCUGUGCCAUUCUGUUCACUCAGGACUCUGAGGGUUUCCGAGUGAUAGCCCAUCGAGGUAACCAAUCAAGAAGCCCUUUGAAAGACCAGACCAAUGUCACAGCAUGUAGAACCUACCGGAACGUGCUGCCCACCCCGUCUCCUCCAGAAAUGAAAGGGGAAUCAGAUUCAGAACCAGAGAUGGUUUUCACACAGGACUCUGAGGGAAACGUGGUAAUUAAACACUAG